AUGACAACAAAGAAGUUUUCCGAAGAGCCUGAAUUUGAGCGUCCAAUCGGCAACCAUACGUUCUUUCUCGGAAGAGAAGCGGUGUUAGGAUGUGCGGUCACUAAUAUUGGCAAACAUAAAGUAGGCUGGUUAAGAGCAGAAGACCAGACAAUCCUAACAAUGCACGACCGAACAGUCCUCGGUGCUAGAUACGCAGUCCAUCUAGACGCACCAAGAACUUGGCAGCUGAGGAUCAGACCACUGCGAGCAGAAGACCGGGGCUGUUACAUGUGCCAGAUAAACACACAGCCCAGUAUGAAGUGGCAGAUAGGAUGUAUCGAUGUUUACGUGCCACCUGAUAUCAUCAGCGACGAAACCUCCGGCGACGUAUCCGUUCAGGAGCUUGAGAACGCAACUCUAACCUGCAAAGCUACAGGCCACCCCCCUCCCAAGAUAACGUGGAGGAGAGAAGACCACGAGCCUGUUCUACUCAAGAAACCACAGUCUAGAGAUUUUGAUAAAGUGGAAAGCUACACGGGCAGCUCUCUUCCACUGUGGCGUGUGGAUCGAAGACAGAUGGGCGCUUUCCUGUGCAUCGCCGCAAACGACGUGCCACCCGCAGUGAGCAAACGAAUCAUACUAAAUGUAAACUCCUCGUCGGUGUUCACCGCCCGUAAUUUCUGUAAACAUGUGCGUUUAUACCCUUCAACAAGAGUUGCUACGAAUGUGGAAUACUCGGCAAUCGCACCUACAGUGAAAGUGCCAAACCAAUUGCUGGGUGCGCCUCUUGGUACAGAUGUUAAACUAAAGUGCUACGUGGAAGCACAUCCUAACACCAUCAACUACUGGAUCAAGAAUAGAGGGGAGAUGCUUUUAGACGGUCCUAAGUACACAAUAACAGAAGAGAAACUCUCCUACCAAGUUACGAUGUGGCUUACCAUCAGACAGUUCUCAAGAAGCGAUAUCGGCACAUACAACUGUGUUAGUACCAAUUCACUCGGCAAGAGUGAGGGUACUCUUAGACUAUAUGAAAUCAAACUCAACUCAUACUCAGAAGAUUUUGGCAAUCAAAUCAGUGUUGCAGGAGGUUUAACAGAACCCGCAAAGGGCAGGUCGCCAAGGUUACAUCGAGAGAGGACUUGGUUUUUUGUAAUUUUAAGCUGCUUUAUUUACAUGUUUACGUAG